GGCGUCUCCCUGCGGAGGCAUGGUGGUCACUGUGGCUGGGACGCCAGCAUCUCAGUUGACUGUGACAGCACUCAGCUGUUUGUAGGAGACUGCAAACAUGAAGAUGGAAGUGUUGACUUGGCACCCACUGUGCUUCGCACUUGCUACCGCCAGCCUCGUCACAGUGGUGAUCAGCGGACGGCACUCUGGCCGCAGGAAACACAAAGAAGUUUUCCUGGGAGAAAAAAGCAAAUUCAAGUUUGGAGGACGGAUUGACUACAAACUGAAGAAGCAGGACAGCACCAAAACACUGCUUAUAAAAAGUGAACAGCUGCUGAGAAUCGAGGAGCACGACUUCGCCAUCAGACCGAGCUUUGGAGGUUCAGCCAUUCCAGUUGGUAUAGAUGUGCAGGUGGAGAGCAUCGACAGCAUCUCAGAGGUCAACAUGGACUUCACCAUGACUCUGUACCUGCGUCACUACUGGAAAGAUGAGCGGCUGUCAUUCCCAUCUCGUAACAACCAGAGUAGGACAUUUGAUUCACGGCUGGUCAAGAAGAUCUGGGUUCCUGAUGUUUUCUUUGUCCACUCCAAACGUUCCUUCAUCCAUGAUGCCACCAUGGAUAACAUCAUGCUGAGGGUCUAUCCAGAUGGAAACAUCCUCUACAGUGUCAGGGUGACUGUGACAGCUCUCUGCUCAAUGGACUUCAGCACCUUCCCUCUGGACACACAAAACUGCUCGCUGGAGCUAGAGAGCUAUGCUUAUAAUGAGAAUGACCUGAUGCUUUACUGGAAGAAUGGGAAUGACUCGUUAAGGACAGAUGAGAUUGCCUUGUCCCAGUUCUUCAUUGAACAUUUUCAUGCCUCCAGUGGUCUGGCGUUCUACAGCAGCACUGGUUGGUACAAUCGUCUGUUCAUUACCUUCAUCCUGCGGAGGCACAUCCUCUUCUUCAUGCUCCAGACUUACUUCCCCACUAUGCUGAUGGUUGUUCUGUCCUGGGUCUCCUUCUGGAUCGACAGGAGGGCCGUCCCUGCUCGAGUCUCUUUGGGUAUAACCACAGUGCUGACGAUGUCCACCAUCAUCACAGGUGUGUCCUCCUCCAUGCCCCAGGUGUCAUAUGUAAAAGCGGUGGACAUUUACCUGUGGACCAGCUUCCUGUUUGUCUUCCUGUCAGUAAUCGAGUACGCAGCUGUGAACUACUGCACAACUCUGGAGGAGAUGAGGAAGCUAAAGGGAAGAAAGCUCCUCUCCACCUACAACGCCAGCCAGGCGAUGGCUUUCGAUGGCUGUUUCCAUGAUGAAGACAUUGAGCUGACUUCAUAUCUUCGCAUGGCUCCUGCUCUGAUGUCUGAGCCCCUCACUGCUGAAGAUCAAAUCCCAGAGAGCCGACCACUUGAAGGAACUCGUCUCCGUCGCCAACGAUCUUUGCGUGAAAAUGUGGACCUUCUGGUCACCAACAGCUACAUGAUUGACUCGUAUUCCCGUGUGGUCUUCCCUCUGUCCUACCUGCUCUUCAACACAGUCUACUGGAGCCUGUACUCAUGA